UGGUAGUCUUUUUGGGAUCUAUAUCCGUUAUAUACACAGAUUGUGUCCCAAGAUCCCUACUUUCUUCGUCAGAAAGAACCUGUUGGAAUGGCCAAAGGCUUUUGUCUACAUUCAUGUCUUGACAGAUCACUUUUUCCUGCGUUAAGGAAGACUGGUUUUAUUUUUUGAGAUGGGAGGAGUUCCAAAAAAUAUUCACAAAGCAUGCUUCGACGAUUAGAAUGCCUCGGUGCAUCUAAUCUACUUGGCAAAGCGACAAAAACCGCCUCUUUGCUCUGUAGACGGCCUAUGCCCGUAUUCUCUCGCGUCUACAGAUCUUACAGUACAGGCUUGCCGCCAACAGAGAAUGUUGAAUGCUUUAUCUCGACUCAUACAGAUCCUUUUGUCAAUCUCGCAAUAGAAGACCACCUAUUUAAAACUACGGAUCCUGAGAAAUAUAUUCUCUAUUUAUGGAGAAAUAAACCCUGUGUGGUGGUUGGUCGCAACCAAAACCCUUUCAAAGAAUGCAACCUUCAAUAUAUGGAGGAGAAUAAUAUACCACUUGUUCGUCGACGUUCAGGAGGUGGAACUGUAUACCACGAUAUGGGAAAUUCAAUUUACACCAUCUUCAUGCCUCGCACAGCGUUUACGAGGGAUGCUAAUGCAGAACUCGUGGCUCGGGCACUUCAUCAGCUAGAUAUUCCCGCAUAUAUAAACAGCCGACAUGACAUAGCAGUAGACGGGUUUAAGGUCUCUGGAAGUGCUUACAAAUUGACCAACCAAAGAGCAUACCACCAUGGCACCAUGCUGAUAGACACCGACGUCGAUAAGUUGCGCGGCGCGUUAAAGGUCAACAAAGAUCGCCUAGUUACCAAAGGUGUUGCCUCAGUACCAUCACCCGUCACCAACUUGCGAAGUUAUUCCUACACUAUAGACCACCAACAAUUUUGCGAAGCAGUAAUAGAAGAGUUUUUAUACACACAUAAUGAUAAUAAGCCGGUAGAGCCAACCGUUUUUUCAAAAGACGACAUUUCUCAUUUACCAGAAGGAGUCAUAAAGUCAAGAGACGAACUUACAUCUUGGGAUUGGAUUUACGGCCAAACACCAGAAUUUACGCACGACUUUGAAAUGGAAAUGAGCUGGGGAACUGUUACUGCCUUCAUUCGAUCGCGGCAUGGUCGCGUUACUGAGGCAAGUCUCACAUCGACGGUCUCAGAGGCCCAAGAGGUGAUGGUUAUCGCGGCUCUAGAGGAAGCUUUAAAAGGCUGUAAAUACUCACCUCAAGGUAUCGAAGAUGCACGGGCCAAAAUCGAACAAAAUAUUCCGGGCCUGAUAAAUUCAUCCAAUAGAAAUUUGGUCACAGAUUUGUGUCAUAAACUUCAGCUAACAUUGUGAUCAGUUGACCUUGUCAUUGUAAAGUAAUGUUACGUGCUGCCAAUUUCAUUCGCCCAGCAUCCAAAAUGUCAAUAAAUAUGGCCAAAGGUACAUGUGACCGUGGACAUCAAGCGUAAAGCGCGCACCCUG